AUGCAGUACGGCCAGAUCCUUCACAGGUGUGGCCCGGACGAUAGCUUCCUCAACCUGAACGUGGGUGGUUUUAAGCAGCGCGUGGAGCGCAGCAUCCUGCAGCGCUUCCCCAGGACCCGCCUGGGACGCCUGCUGUACUGCGUCUCCGAGGAGGCCAUCCUGGAGCUCUGCGACGACUUCAGCCCCACCGACAGGGAAUACUACUUUGACCGCAGCCCGUGCUUCUUCCGCAAUGUCCUCAACUUCUACCACACGGGCAAGAUCCACCUGAUGGAGGAGCUGUGCGUCUUCUCCUUCAGCCAGGAGAUUGAGUACUGGGGCAUCAAGGAGCUCCACCUGGACUCCUGCUGCAGCAACAAGUUUCAGGAGCAGAGACAGUUUGCAGAGGACAAGGACUGGGACCGGAGGAGCGGUGAGCAGCAGCAGCAGUUUGGGAGCAUUGAUUCGUCCAUGGAGGAGCUCUCAACUAUGGACAAGGACCUGGAGAAGUUCGAGGGUACCUGGUGCUCGGAGGUCCGCAAGAACAUCUGGCUGCAUCUGGAGAACCCGGGCUACUCAUGUUUGGCCAAGGGGAUCGCCGUGGCCUCGCUGGCUGUGGUGCUAACCUCCAUCGUGGCCAUGUGCGUCCACAGCAUGCCCGAGUUCCACCAGGUAGACCUCAACGACAAGGAGAUUGAAGACCCGGUGCUGGCCAUUUUCGAGGCUGUGUGCGUCAUCUGCUUCUCUGUGGAGUUCCUGGUGCGGCUGGCAGUGGCUCCGUGCGCCCGUAAUUUCAUGAGCAACGCUCUCAACAUCAUUGACUUUGUUUCCAUCGUUCCCUUCUACGCCACACUGGCCUUUGAGACAGUGGACGAGGAGAACGAGGAACUGGAGAACGUGGGCAAGGUGGUUCAGAUCCUGCGACUGAUGCGAAUCUUCCGCAUCCUCAAGCUGGCGCGUCACUCGGUGGGACUACGCUCACUGGGUGCCACGCUAAGGCACAGCUACCACGAGGUGGGCCUCCUGAUUCUCUUUCUCUCUGUGGGUAUCUCCAUUUUCUCUGCGCUCAUCUACUUUGUGGAGAAGGAGUCAGAAGAGUCGGACAUAACGACCAUCCCCGUAGGCUGGUGGUGGGCCACUAUUAGCAUGACAACAGUGGGCUACGGCGACACCUGCCCGGUGACAGUUGUAGGGAAGCUGGUGGCCACCAUAUGCAUCGUCUGUGGGAUACUAGUGGUGGCCCUGCCCAUCACCAUUAUCUUCAACAAAUUCUCCAUGUACUACCAGAGGCAAAAGGCCAUGGAUGCCAAUCAGAGCAAUAAUGAAACCGACCAAUGCAAUAAUAACGAUAUUAAAAUCCCCAACCCCAGUCUAACAUACUUUAAUGUCGGCAACCAGUACACCUUAAAGAUUAACUCAUUCAUCACCAAUAUCUCUGUCAGGAGCAGCGUCGGCAGUGAUGAGGACACGGACGCAUCGAGCAUCCAGGGUGGAGAGACGACUUGUAUCCUGAGGGGCACUUGA